CUCCACCUCCACAACAACAUUCGCUCUGCGCACGCCGAUUGCACCCCUUCCACGGCACCAUUCAACUAUCACAUAAUAUCAGUAAUGUCGUUUACGGCUCGAUCUCCCUCGAGCUCGCCCCGGCUUCCGAGCCCACCGCCCAUCCCAGAAGAUCAGCUCGGCCCCAAAUCUCCCCUUCUAGCUGCAGCUGGGGACCAGCAGAUGCUAUCCGGCGACCUCGAUACUGGGUCUGGACGACGGAUACGGCCUGGGGCCAAGGCAGAAGAGGUAGACCAAGCACCAAAUCUACCCGAUAUUGAGCAGUUAAACCCAGCUUCUGAGCCCAGAGACUGGCUCGAAGCCAAAUACCGAUCGCUCACCCACCCGGACCCUCAUACGACGACUGCAAUCAACAGAGAAAAAGCCCUCCAGCUGGCGGUGCCUCCGAAAGACGUCGACAAGACCAUAUGGCUGUACGAGCUGUGCCGCUUCAUCACCAAACACACCAACUCGGUCCUCACGGGCCUGUUCCGCGACGAUCCACCCUGCUCAUCCGCCACCUGCCCCGAGAUGCGCGCGUCGGAGUGGCAGUAUCUUUGCGCAGUUCACGAGCCCCCCAAGCCGUGCUGCGCCAUCGAUUAUUGCUGUCACACUCUGGACUGGGCGGCCAACCUCCUCUCAUCUACCAAGAUUUUCCCUUCGAGACUGGGGCAGGGCGUGGACCAGAACAGCCAACACCAACAGGUGCGGCACUUGACCAACAUCUUUAGGCGAGUGUAUAGGAUAUUUGCCCAUGCGUGGUUCCAACACCGGGAAGUCUUCUGGCAAGUCGAAGGGAGAAGUGGGCUCUACAUGCUGCUCAAGACGAUCUGCGACCACUACGGACUGAUUCCCGAUGAUAGCUACACGAUUCCGCCGGAAGCGGAAGGCGAAGACGCACCACAGGCCGCUGCGGCUGCCGCACCGGAGAUCCUUAAACGGGACAAGGCGGUUCCAGGAGGGCAGGAGGCAGAAAGCGGUUUCGUGGAGAGUGCAGCGGAUCAUACCUUAUCCACGGCGGGAACGACGAAGCGCCAUCGUCACUCGCCCUCAACGGCAGGCUCCGCUGUUAGCACCGUCAUAGAGGAGACUGAAGAGGAGGAGAGCAUGCCGGCCAAGGGCACGGGUGUAGCAGCGCAAGAGACGUCAGAACCGGCAGGGCAUGAGGCAACAAGCUCCGAGACGGCACAGAAAACGCAAGCCAGUAGCAUUGUGGCUCCGCCAUCGUCCACAGAAGCAUUUCCGGGGUACAACGCUGCAGUGUUGGAACCCCAGUCGCACCAACCCGAACUGGGUGAAGUCGAAGGGGAUGCAGCCUCCGAGGAGACCAGAGAGGAAGAAGCUGCCGCGGGCGCCAGCAAGGCAGAUGAGAAACGGGCAUCAGCUGAUGAAGCGCCAAACGCAGAGGCUACGGAUGCGCAAGAGGUCCCGCAGCCGGACCCACAGCCAGCAGGCGACGCAGAAACUGAGGCGGAAGCGAAAGCAGAGGCAGAUGCCGAUGCUGCGGCAGCGCAGGAGAAGGAAGAGUUUUCGUCAAGGGGAGAGGGAAAGGGAGAUUCUGCUGCCGUGGACGAGGUAUCGGUCGAAGGGGCAGAGCCAGCAAACAAGGGCGGGAGCUAGAAGCGGAAGCUCGGAUCGAUCAGGAAGGCUUUUUCCCCAUUGCGCGCGCGGGGAAGGGUGGUUGAUGGGCCUGCUACAGGCAGCAAUAUUGUUUGGGAACAGGAUUAUUGAUCCAUGGAGUCCACUCCGUACAGAGAUACCAAUUAUUGAUUUGCAGAUGCAUUGUUGAUCAGGGGAUCUCUGCCUUGAUGACCACCCUGCACUUCUGAUGCAGCAUUGUUCGAUGCGGCUUCGGAAUCAUAAUGUCUUGUGCAUGUUCCGGCUUCGAUGUUUUGGGGAAGCCAAAAGGAAUAAUGAGCCUGAGAUGAGGCGGCGGCCACGGGUGACACAGAUCUGGAUGGACAUGAUGGCAUUGGGUCGACGCCACUGGGAAACGCCUUGGGCCAUCCAGGACCUGGGACUUGGGAACGAAGGUUCCAAGGUUCCAAGGUUGGGCUUGGGGCGGAGGCGUUUUGGAGGAGAGGCGGGGCGGCGCG